CACACACUUCGCCUGCUGUCAGUAUUCGCUCUCAUUCUUCCAAAUUUCCAAUGAAAUCGUUUCGAGUUUAACAAGAACAGGUAUUUGGAUGAGUGUCCUUUAAGACGUAUCAAAUGAUUGAUGAUGGAGCUGUGGAAUCUUUUCUUAUUAUGUUAUCUAGCUUAUGAAUGUUGGAAGGGAAAGUUUGUAGAAUUUGCUGUUGAUAAACUACCUCCGAGUCCGACUCGAAUACGUGAUCUUUCUAUCACAAAGAAUAUUGAUACUAGUGGACAUUGGUAAAUUUGUAGAAUUUAGCUAAUUCCAGUUAACCUCACUCUAAAACUAGUGCAAAAAUUUGUAAGCGGUGUCAUGGCACCUUUUUCGCAGCUGGAACUUCAACGCAGCCUCUAGUUCAACCAACUCGUUCAAUGACAAAAUCUGACAGGGUCAUAUGAGGACUACUUGAGUGCAUUUUAACAUGUAAAAUGCAGUUUUGGCUACUUUUUUGAAUAAGUGGAGGUGAUUGAAGUCUUAUUUCAAGCCUUCCUCGGUGAUGGAUUGCAACAGAGAAGAAGCGUUGAGGGCCAAGCAGAUGGCAGAGAAGAAGAUGGAGAACAAGGACUUCUCUGGGGCUCUAAAGAUUGCAGUCAAAGCCCAAAAGCUUUAUCCUGAACUAGAAAACAUAUCGCAAAUGAUUUUGGUAUGUGAAGUACAUUGCUCUGCUGAAAAGAGGUCUUUCGGUUCGGACAAAGACUGGUACGGUAUUCUCAAAAUUGAGACUACUGCUGAUGAUUUGGCAAUUAAGAAGCAAUACCGGAAGUUAGCUCUUGUACUUCAUCCUGAUAAGAACAAGUUUUCGGGUUCUGCUGAUGCCUUUAAACUAAUUGGUGAAGCUCAGAGAGUGCUUUUGGAUCGUGAUAAGAGAAUGAUGCAUGAUAGCAAGCGUAGAGCUUUUGGGAAUGUCUCAACACCAAGUUGGAUCCCAAAACAACCAAGCAGACAAUCAAAUGUCCACCAACAUCCUUGGAAUCAAAGCAAUUUUGCACAAGGUCAUUCUGUUAGUGAGAACAAUUUUACAGGAGGGCGUUCUGCAAAUUUUCAGUUCUCACAACAGCGGGGACAAACUGGGAAUCGAUCAACUUUCUGGACAGUUUGUCCUUUCUGUUCGGUUAGGUAUCAAUUCUAUCGAGAUGAUGUUCUUAACAAAGUUAUUCACUGUCAAAGUUGCAAGAAGUCCUUCACUGCAUAUGAAUUAAACGUCCAAGGUGCUGCACAAAGCCACCAAGUUCCUGUGUUUCCCCAACAGAACAAAGCUCCUUCUAAAGGAACAGAUGGUACCCAUAAUAGUAAUUUCACUUCAAAACCAGUCUUUGGAGGACAAGAAAAAGAACCUUCCAAGGCACAUGGAAAUGUGAAUAGAAAAAGGAAAAAGAAGGUUGAAGAAUCUAGCAGUGAAAGUUCCGACGAUGAAAGCAGCUCUGAAUCUGAGGAAGAAGAUGUAGAAGAACACAGUGAUAGCUCCGAGAACGAAAGCAGCACUGUAUUGGAGAAUAAAUUUGUGCCCAAAAAUGUCGAUAAGAAUCCAGCUAAUGAGGAUUUUGGUGAACAGCCUCGGAGAUCUUCACGUCCAAAAAGAAACGUAUCUUACAAAGAAAAUCUAAAUGAGAAUGAUGAUGAUGCUACUCACUCAAAUCAAGCAAAGAAGGACCCAUCUGUGGAAGAUACAUUCUGGAAGGCCGAGGUGACCAAAGUGGUCAAAGAAACACAACAAAAUAACGAAGAAUCUUAUUCCAAGCCUAAUUUAGUUGAUAAAUUGAGUGAUAAUGAAGAAGAACGUGAACCAGAAGUUUAUGAGUGUCCUGAUCCAGAGUUUAGCGACUUUGAGAAAGAACGAAAAGAAGAGAGCUUUGCAGCAGGGCAGAUAUGGGCUGUAUAUGAUAACGAUGAUGCUAUGCCCAGAUUCUAUGCUUACAUCCGAAGAGUUGUAUCUUCUCCAGAGUUUAAUCUGCAAAUAACAUGGUUAAAAGCUGUUCCUGGAAACACAGAUGAAAAAGGAUGGGUGGAAGAGGAGUUGCCGGUUUCUUGUGGCAGGUUUAAACGCGGGAAAAACGACAUGGCUGAAGAUCUUCCAAUGUUCUCACACUUGGUUACAUGGGAAGAUGCUAAAAAAGGGAUGUUCAACAUAUUUCCAAGAAAAGGGGAGACAUGGGCCCUUUUCCGGAACUGGUCUAUAAAAUGGUCCUGUGACGGUACGAGAAUCUAUGAAUACGAGUUUGUGGAAAUCUUAUCCGAUUAUGCCGAUGAUCUUGGUGUCCGUGUUUCAUACUUGGAGAAGGUGAAGGGUUUCACAUGUCUUUUUAAUGCGAAAGAGGAUGGAGGGUUGUUAAUACCAGCGAGCGAUAAAUACAGAUUCUCCCACAUGGUUCCAUCUUGUAGAAUGAGUGGAGUAGAAAGAGAAGGUGUUCCAAAGGGGUCCUACGAACUUGAUCCUGCUAGUCUGCCUGCAUCAGCAUUUGAACAGGUUACCUUGUAAUACCCUAACUGAAAUCUAAAUAUUUUGUGUUUAGAUGUUAUUUUGUUGGCAAUUAGAUGUAGCCAAAAUCCCUUUAGUUAACCAUGUGAAAAUUCUUUAUUUGGCACAUUCAAACUACUGUGGACCCUUGGGAGACUUGAGCUUAACAGAUUUCAAAUAAUGCUAAAAAAGGGCCAUUUCUAUUUGGUCAAGUAGUUUUUACCUCCCAAGACCCUACCUCCUGGAUAUACCAGGUCUGUUAGGUUUGAAGUAGUUUUGGUUUAUUGAUCAUGUUCUCUUUGAGAUAGAAAUGUUAACAUCAUUAGCAGCAGAUUUAGUAUC